AUGGAUUCUCCUCCGCGGAAGAAGGCGGCCCGUGCCAGCGACCAAAGCCAACCUGAAGCCAAUCCUGAACAGACUCGGGUCAACGAAAGCGAGGAAAAGCCUAUGUUUGACUUCGAAUUCACCUUUGAAUCGUCCAUGUUGAUGAUUGAACCAGAUACGUCUUUGCGCAGCAGUGAUUACGACUCGCUGUCCGACGUGUCACUUUCUGACAGCGUCCUCGACUACCCCAAGCUCUUUGGUCGGACAUACCACGCCUUUCAUGCCGGUUCAUACGUUUUCCCCAACGAUGAGAGGGAACAAGAGCGCCUGACACUCCAGGGGCCCAUCAUGCAAAAGCUUAUGGGCGAGAAGCUGUUCUUUGCUCCGCUGUCCAAGGCGAAGCCCCCUCGCCAUAUUCUCGAUAUUGCAACCGGUAUUGGCGAUUGGCCAAUUGCCAUGGCCGACGAGUUUCCUGACUCUCGCGUCAUUGCUACGGAUUUGUCGCCCAUUCAGCCAGAUUAUGUGCCGUCUAAUGUACGGUUUUACGUUGAAGACGCAAUGGAGCCAUGGGACUUCCCCCACAAAUUCGACUACAUUCACACACGCCUCACGGGCGGCUGCUGGGCCGAUUACGAAACACAAAUUGCUGUGCAGGCGUUUAAAGCCCUCGAACCAGGCGGCUGGCAUGAGUCCCAAGAGGUUGACUGUAAUAUAUGCUGCGAUGACGGCACUCUGGACCCCGAGGGCCCGAUAGCCACCUGGAUCAGCGAACUGAUGCUCGCGGCCGAGAAAAUGGGCCGUCCGACGGUCCUUGGAUACCGUCUUAAGGAGAUAUACGAGCGGGUGGGCUUCGUCGAUGUACAGCAACGCGUUUAUAAAAUGCCUAUCAAUCCCUGGGCUCGAAAUAAGCAUCUCAAGCAGGUUGGAUUGCUAUGGGGUUACAAUCUCGUGCAGGGACUGUCGGCUUUUUCCUAUCAACUCCUUCAUUACGGAUUCGACCGCUCCGCCGAGGAGAUUGAAGCUUCUCUCGUCAACGUUCGUCGAGAUCUCUGUGACACACGUAUCCACGCAUAUAUGCCUACCUUUGUGGUCUGGGGCAGAAAACCGCAUCCUCAGGAGAUGGUCCGGACGCAAGACGAGCACGAUGGUGGCGUUGGUGAUGCAAUGAACAGCUAG